AUGCGUGCGAGUCGUGUCAGUGUGGUUGCGGCUUAUGCAGCUAUCAAAAUAAGCACUAAAGCGUUUCAGCAGCAGAUACCACAGAUUGGCGACGCCCGAACCCACUGGAUCACGACAAUAACUGCUGAAGCGUUGAAAGAAAUUCUGCUGCAACAACAAAACCAAUUUGAAGCGGCACAAUUACGUUUGGCGGAAACAUUGACGCAGCAACUGAAAAUUCAACCACCAAAUUCCGCUCCAGAUACCAAUUCAGUCGACUCGAUCGCCAACAGCAUCACGGAGUUCCAUUAUGACCCUGAUGCCGGCCUAAUCUUCGAUUCGUGGUACAAACGUUACGGAGAUGUUUUCAAAGCCAAAUUGAAGCAACACCCACGGUAUUCCAAUUUUAUCCUGCCUAAGAACACGCGAGAUCUCAGUUCUGACAAAACUGUGCAGCAACUUUCAAUGAUUUCCAGUGAGCGUUUGUCCUUGUUUAAUAUUCGCAACCAAUGUAUGAAACUGGCGAAAAAGGAAUCCGAGGACUACAUCACUUAUGCCGGUAGAGUCAACUUUGAAUGUGAAAAAUUCAAGGCGAGACCAUUGAACAAGAUCGAACAAACUCCCGAGAUAACGCUGCAGUCCAUUACCCAUGAGUGCCAGAGCCUUUUAAAUCCUAAACACGACACGGCCACAUUGGACAGGCCCCUAUCCAACCCUGCUUUCAACAUUGGCAAGACGACAUCGAAGCAACGUUAUGUGGUGACAAGUUCAAACGGAGCAAAACCCCCUUCAGCAUGCUGGCAACGCAGCGAACGGCAUUUUGUGCGAUUGUGUCCGUAUAAAAAGCACAGUGAUCAGUGUACAACCGACGUGGGCACAAGGGAAGCCGGUGCAAGACGCGGAAAGCUGGGCAAAGACAGUCGAACCUGGAGGUCACAGAGCAAACGGAGCCAAUCGGAACCCCGUUCUAACGCAAUACUUGCAACAUUUGAUAACCACAUCGAUGCUCGUCGCAAGCACGUUAAAAUUAGAGCAAACGGAAGCACAAUUCGAUUGCAGCUCGGCACGGUUUUCGAUAUUACCAUUGCUUCCCGGUGCACCUGGAGAAAGAUCGGGUCAUCAAUGAACACUGUCAGAAAUGCUUCAGGUGGCAACAGACUGCGGUUCGCUGAGGGGACCACGUCGCACGGGACACCCGACACCCGUGACACACUACCCAAGUGGAGGGCACCGGAUCAGAGCGCAACGCCUACGUGUAGGGGUCGAGGCGUUUUGGUAUGGGUGGUAGCACAGAUGGAGUUCUAUCGAUCAUUAUCCGCGAAGAAGGAUGUGUUGAGCAUAAUUCAAUGUUCUAGUGCCAGAAAAAAUAAGAAUGUGAAGGGAUCAGGUGCAGUGGAGACUGCGAUAAAAGCGUCAAAUACCCCCGAUCUUUUGGCUUCAGAUUUUUCUUCCACACCUUACAAACGGGUCUUGCCCUCACCCACUUCAGUCCAAAAAAUUGCUUCCCGCGAUAUCACAUCUUGGUUGAAGGAUGUGUUGAGCAUAAUUCAAUGUUCUAGUGCCAAAAAAACUAAGAAUGUGCAGGGAUCAGUUGCAGUGGAGACUGCGAUAAAAGCGUCAAAUACCCCCGAUCUUUUGGCUUCAGAUUUUUCUUCCACACCUUACAAACGGGUCUUGCCCUCACCCACUUCAGUCCAAAAAAUUACUUCCCGCGAUAUCACAUCUUGGUCCCCGAGCUCACUAACAUCCGAUUUGACCGUUGAAUCUAGUUCACUGACUACUGACAAUCAAACUCCAAAGCGUUCAGAGCGAUCGCCACUCGCUCAAUUGCAACUGGAACCCGCUAACAGUAAUUGGGUAACGGCUGCGAAAUCAUCAGUGACUCCUGAUGAAUCUUCAGAUGACGAUGCGUUUGAAAAGUUUCUCGCAAAACUGCGCCGUCCCCCUAGUCCCAAAUAUUCCAGCGGCUCUUCGAGUUCGUUUUUCACCGACAAUAGCAGUUCCGGGUCGCAGGUUUCUGAUGAACAACUCUUCUAUUGUCAAUUUGACAACGCUGCGCGGUCAGCUGAUGUGGAAGCAGAAAAGUUUUAUUUCAACUUAUCUACCACUCCGACAUUUCCAUACCCACUGUACAGUCGGUUGCCACUUCACAAACAAAUAUCUCCAUCUUUUGGGGACAAACCGACGGACGGCGUACACCAGAACUCGAGUGCUGCAACUGAGCUCUUUCGGAGGCCACCAGCUACCAUAGGCAAUCUUUCGAGACGGUUAGAACGGCCAAGAGAGAGUCGGUCGCAGCUACGGUCCCCAACUUCCAAAACCUGCGUCAGCCGAUCCCUUUCAAGCACAAGUCUGCCUGUUUGGGCUGACUUUGUUUCAUCCCUUUAUCCGUUGGAGGAGGGCGAUACUCGCAGGACAGGUCGCAGACGUCAUCCAAGCGCUGAACGUUUCGUUAAACGGUUCAAGGCCAAUCGUGUUGAAUUGGCGAACAGGCUAUUCCGUAUUUUCAACGAAAAGGUGUUUGACAAACGGCUACCUGAUGACCUGUCAAUUGUUUGGAACACCCGAUUGCUGCGCACUGCUGGUCAGUGCAAAUAUCUGCGACGUGAGGUCAUCCCGCGGGUUGGUGAAAAAACUAUUACCCGAAUAGCUCAGAUAGAGCUGUCCCCAAAAGUGUGCACAUCCGCGGAACGUGUCCGUGACACACUACUUCAUGAGGUCUGUCACGCCGCAGUCUGGAUACUCGAUGGCGUGAACGAUGGUCACGGCUCACGUUGGCGUCGCUGGGCCAAUCGCGCGAUGCAAGUAUGGCCUGAUAUCCCCGUAGUUUCUGUGUGUCAUGCGUACACAAUUGAGACUAAGUUCACCUAUCGAUGCACAGGCUGUGGUGCAUGCAUUAAUCGUCACUCCAAAUCAAUCGAUACGGAAAAACAAAUAUGUGGGCGUUGUCGAUCACGUUUCGAACUCCUCAUCAAUACACCUCGCGGUCGAAUGAUGCGUCCAAGUGUCGCGGGUACGAUGGACAAGCGUCUUCUCGCCCACUGCACUGUCCGCCCUCAAGUGCAACAGACCCAAUCGUCCGAGUUAAGUGAAAAGCGUCGACCGGCCUUCGCGGAUUUCGUACGUGAGAACUACCGACAUGUUCGGCAGAAGCCGGAGAUCAAGACUCACGCGGAUGCGAUGACGGAAUUGGGUAGUUUAUUCAAGACGAUGCGCAUCUCUAAAGUCCAACAGAACUCGGACAUAGCCUCUUUACCCACGUAAAUUUAUCCAGCGUAUCUCGCAUUUGAUUCUUUCAUUUCCCGACUGAUGCGCACGCCUAUUUUCGCUGUUGAAGGACCUUACGGUGCAUUUUACACGUUUUUAGAUGGGUUGGACGUUAUUAUUUUUGUAUACUAGGUGUCGGUUAUCGAUGAGAGAAUUUUUAACACCUUUGUUUCCCUUGUUGUCCUCCCUGUGUAUCAUUGGAGACUGAUGCGCACGCCUAUUUUCGCUAUUGAAGGACCUUACAGUGCAUUUUAUACGUUUUCAAAUGGUUUGGACGUUAUUAUUUUUGUAUACCAGGUGUCGGUUAUCAAUGAGAGAAUUUUUAACACUUUUGUUUCCC